AUGGAGGCGUUCGGCGGCAGUUUGGACGACAGCGUGUCGGGCGCGAGCGCGUCGGACGUCCACGACCGUCUGUGCGCGCUGGAGCUUCGCGUGCAGCAGCAAGAAGACGAAGUGACGGUGAUGAAGGCGGCGCUGGCCGACGUUCUUCGCCGAUUGGCCGCUUCCGAAGACUCCUCCAAAGCCGUCAAAGGCGCGGCCUCGUCCAACACGUGCGUGACUAACGGAGGGACGGCGCGAAAGAGAGACUCCAGGAAGGAAACGCUCUCGUCCGCCGCUAAGAGCGGAGCGUCCGAUUUGAAAAAGGAGGCGUCGGCGGAGGAGAGCCGUCAGCGGGAGGAAGCUCCUCCCCCUCAAAGCCCGCAGAGGAGCAGGCACGGGGACGCCAGUAAAAACCAGCCGACCCCGAAAAGGGCUCCCAGGCGUUCCCAUAGCGGCGCGUGGGACACGGGCGAGGACGGGCGAAGCGUCCUGGCGAAAGCAGCGUCCACCUCCAGGCUGCUCACCAAAGUGGUCAAGAAUGCUGACAGGCCCAAAGAUGUGGCGGUCAGUCAAGCAGCCAAAAUGUCCACCAGGGAGAAAAACAGCCAAGCGGAGGGAAACCACAUCAAGAUGUUCAUGCGCGGACGCCCCAUCACCAUGUUCUUGCCGUCCGACGUGGAAAACUACGACGAGGUCCGCACCGAACUUCCCUCGGAGAAGCUGAAACUGGAAUGGGUCUAUGGCUACCGAGGGCGAGAUUGCCGAGCCAACGUGUAUUUGCUGCCCACCGGCGAGAUGGUUUACUUCAUCGCGUCGGUGGUGGUCCUCUUCAACUACGACGAACGCACACAGCGUCACUACCUGGGCCACACCGACUGCGUCAAAUGUCUCGCCGUCCACCCUGACAAGAUUCGCAUCGCCACGGGACAAAUUGCCGGAGUGGACAAAGACGGAAGGGCCGUGCAGCCGCACGUUCGCGUUUGGGACAGCGUCAGCCUGUCCACGCUGCAAGUGCUAGGUUUGGGAACCUUCGAGAGAGGCGUGGGCUCCUUGGCCUUCUCCCGAGCCGACUCGGGUCAGCACCUGAGCGUGAUUGACGACUGCAACGACCACAUGUUGACCGUUUGGGACUGGCAGAAGAAGUCCAAGAUGGCUGAGAUCAAGACCACCACCGACGUGGUCUUGGUGGUGGACUUCCACCCCACGGAGCCAAACACCAUCAUCACCUGCGGAAAGUCGCACAUCUUCUUCUGGGCUUGGAGCGCCAACUCCUUGGCUCGGAAGCAGGGCAUCUUCGGGAAAUAUGAGAAGCCCAAGUUUAUCCAGUGCGUGGCCUUCCUGAGCAACGGCGACAUUCUGACCGGGGACUCGGGCGGUGUCCUCCUGGUCUGGACCAGAAACGCCGCCACCGAGACUUCUGGGAAAGGUCCGCGAGCCUUCCAGAUCAGUCGGCAGGUGAAAGGUCACGAGGGCAGCGUCUUCUGCUUGUGCCAGAUGAGGAACGGCGCCGUGCUGAGCGGAGGAGGAAAAGACCGCAAAGUCAUCCUUUGGGACGCCCACGUCCGAGCCGAGCGCGACAUCGAGGUACCGGAUCAGUACGGCAGCAUCCGGGCGGUGGCCGAAGGGAAAGGAGACCAGUUCUUGGUGGGCACCUCGCGAAACUUCAUACUCCGAGGAACCUUCCACGAUGGCUUCACGGUGGAAGUGCAGGGCCACACGGACGAGCUGUGGGGCUUGGCGUCGCACCCGUCCAAGCAUUUGUUCCUGACGUGCGCUCAGGACCGGAUGGUGUGUCUGUGGAAUUCCACCCAUCACAAGCUGCAGUGGAGUCGCAGCGUGGAGGAACACGGCCACUGCGCCGACUUUCAUCCCGGCGGAGGCGUGGUCGCCAUAGGAACGCACUCGGGAAAGUGGUUCGUGCUGGACGCCGAGACCGCCGAUCUGGUGGCCAUCCACACAGACGGCAACGAGCAGCUGUCCGUCAUGCGCUUCUCGGCAGACGGCGCCCUGCUGGCGGUGGGGUCUCAUGACAACUUCAUCUACGUGUACAAUGUAACCGAGCGCGGGCGCAAGUACAGCCGCUACGGGAAAUGCUCUGGCCACUCCAGCUACAUCACGCACUUGGACUGGUCGCCUGACAACAAGUUCAUCAUGUCCAACUCGGGAGACUACGAAAUUCUCUACUGGGACGUUCCCAACGGCUGCAAGUACAUCCGAAACCGUUCGGAGUGCAAGGACAUCGACUGGGCCACGUACACGUGCGUUCUAGGCUACCACGUCUUUGGCGUGUGGCCGGAGGGCUCGGACGGGACCGACAUCAACGCCCUGGUGCGCUCGCACAAUCGCAAAGUUCUGGCUUUGGCCGACGACUUCUGCAAAGUUCACCUCUUCUCUUACCCUUGCUCCACGUUCAAGGCUCCCAGUCACAAGUACAGCGCUCACAGCAGUCACGUGACCAACGUCAGCUUCCUGUUCGAUGACGCUCACCUGAUAUCCACGGGCGGCAAGGACACCAGCAUCCUGCAGUGGCGACUGGUCGACAAGAACAACCCGAGCGAGCCCGUCCGCUCGGCGCCCCCCGCCGAACCCUCCGCCCAGCCUUUUUCUGAAUCGGCGCCGACCUCCGCACCGUCGGAGGUUGACGGUGCGGAAGAAGACGGCGCAGAGGUCGACGGUACCGAAGUCGGCGCCUCAGAGGUUGACGGCGCCUCAGAGGUUGAGGGUGCGGAGGUCGGCGACGCUCCGCCGCCUCUGGCGGACGUCGGCGCUCUCGCUGUCUGA